AGGAGUUGGAGUAGACAUUGGAUGACAGAACCCUGGGCCAUGCAGGGCGCUGAGGAACUGGGGGCUGGGAUCCUCAGCCACAGCCUAUCAGUAGAAGCCCCUGGGGCCUGGUCUCCCCUGUUAACCAUUGGUUAGAGGGGGUCACUGCUGAAGUAAGGAAAUGCAGCUACCAAUACUUGGACAACCAUAAAACCUCACAAGCUUCAAGCCCACAGAAGAAUCUCCAAAUCUCAGAACUUCGCUGUCACUGCAUCCUAGAAUUUAAAACCCAAGACUUUUGGGCUCAAGGAAACCUGGGGAUUUUUAAGCCCGGCACCUUAAGAAGGCAGAGCCCCCACUUGCCAGCUCUGUCAUCUUGGGCAAGUUGCUCAACUACUCGGCACCUCCGUUUUCCCCAUCUGUAGGAUGGCUGUGAUGACAAGAUGGACCGCAACAGGCUGCAGUGAGGACUGAAUGUGAUCAUUUGUGAGAAUCAUUCAGCACUAUGUCUGGCACCUGGAAAACUGGAGAUCAGUGUCAGCUAUGGGGAUGAUGGUGGUAAUCUAGAAUCCUAAAACCUUGGAAGCUGGGAUUUGUCGAAGUAGAAAAUUGCAAAGGCUGAGGACCUCAGAAGCAUCAGCCUGCCCUCGGACAAGGACCCAAUGCCCAACCCCAGGCCAGCCAAGCCCUCGGCCCCUUCCUUGGCACUUGGCCCAUCCCCAGGAGCCUCACCCAGCUGGAGGGCUGGACCCAAGACUUCAGACCCGCUGGGGGCCAAGGGCCCAGGGGCAACCUUCCAGGGCCGGGACCUCCGAGGCGGGGCCCAUGCCUCCUCCUCUUUGAACCCCAUGCCACCAUCACAGCUGCAGCUGCCUACAGUGCCCCUAGUCAUGGUGGCACCCUCUGGGACACGGCUGGGCCCCUCGCCCCACUUGCAGGCACUCCUCCAGGACAGGCCACACUUCAUGCACCAGCUCUCAACGGUGGAUACCCAUGCUCGGACCCCUGUGCUGCAGGUGCGCCCACUGGACAGCCCAGCUAUGAUCAGCCUCCCACCACCCACUGCUGCCACUGGUGUCUUCUCCCUCAAGGCCCGGCCCGGCCUGCCACCUGGAAUCAACGUGGCCAGCCUGGAAUGGGUGUCCAGGGAGCCGGCACUGCUCUGCACCUUCCCAAGCCCCAGCACACCCCGGAAAGACAGCACCCUUUCAACCGUGCCCCAGGGCUCCUAUUCACUGCUGGCAAAUGGUGUCUGCAAGUGGCCUGGAUGUGAGAAGGUCUUCGAGGAGCCAGAGGAUUUCCUCAAGCACUGCCAGGCGGACCAUCUCCUGGAUGAGAAGGGCAGGGCACAGUGUCUCCUCCAGAGGGAAGUGGUGCAGUCUUUGGAACAGCAGCUGGUGCUGGAGAAGGAGAAGCUGGGUGCUAUGCAGGCCCACCUGGCUGGGAAGAUGGCUCUGACCAAAGCUCCAACCACGGCGUCAUCCGACAAGGGCUCCUGCUGCAUCAUGGCCACUGGCACCCCAGCCGCCACUGGCCCAGCCUGGCCCAGCCCCCAGGAGGCCCCCGACGGCCUGUUUGCUGUGCGGAGGCACCUCUGGGGCAGCCAUGGAAAUAGCACAUUCCCAGAGUUCUUCCACAACAUGGAUUACUUCAAGUUCCACGACAUGCGGCCACCCUUCACCUAUGCCACCCUCAUCCGCUGGGCCAUCCUGGAGGCUCCUGAGAAGCAGCGGACCCUCAACGAGAUCUACCACUGGUUCACACGCAUGUUUGCCUUCUUCAGAAACCACCCCGCCACCUGGAAGAAUGCCAUCCGCCACAACCUGAGCCUACACAAAUGCUUUGUGCGGGUGGAGAGUGAGAAGGGGGCCGUGUGGACCGUGGAUGAAUUCGAGUUCCGCAAGAAGAGGAGCCAGAGGCCCAGCAGGUGUUCCAACCCCACACCUGGCCCCUAAUCUCAAGACCAAGGAAAGGAGGAAGGAAGGACAGGGGCCGAAACGGGGGACGGGGUGGGGGUGGUGGAAGUGGCCUGGGGCAGGGGUGGCAGGCCCCAGAUGUGCCCACAGGGACCAAGAAGUGAGGGGUGCACAGUCUUGCCUGCCAGGGACCCUGAUCCUCAGCUGACUACCCUCCUAGAUCAUAUGCUCUGCACCAAGGCUGCUCACAGAGGCCUGGCUUCCUACAAGCUCUUUAGCCAAACUGAGCCUUUGCAACCAACCACACACAUGGCCUGCCUCAGUCACUCUCCCAGAUGACCCUGGGGGCUCAAAAAGACACACAGGCAGUCACAGUCCUGUCCCUCGGAUGCAAUACAAGCACCAAAACACAAAGAGCCUGCCACAGCACACCCAGGCAACCUCAAAUCUGCAAUCACGCAGACGAUCGCACCUGAGCACAGUUCUGUCAGCCCACAUACCCCAAAGCACACACCCACAACCAUCCUCCAGGCCCAUAGGUACAGGGCCACACGGGGUGUGCCCAAGCAGCCUUGGUAGCUUCAGGAUCUCAGGACCCAAAGAACCACACAGACACAUACCAGUCACACACAUCCUCCAGCAGCUCCCAACAAAUCCUCUUGGUCACACAGCCCAUCAGAACACACCUGUGCAUCUCACGUGUGCGCACACCCACACAGCGCCACAGUGGAUUUCCUGAGUCCCACAUGGGCUUUCACAGCCACACACACACUGAAUUACCAAAUAUACCCCAUGCCUCUCCUGUCACCCACCCCACCUCCCCCGUUCUGUGCCUUACGUCCCCAUCCAUGCCUCAGCUUAGACUGCAGUCAGAGCCCCUCAUUUAUUCAGGAUCCAAGGCCCUAACCCCAAUAAACUGUAGCCAAAUU